GCGGGCGCAGCCAGGCGCCAAGCUCCGAGCCAUGGGAGGCUCGCACUCUCUGAGCCCGCGGGGCCGGGAGCCGGCCGGGGACAGGCCCCCGACAGCCCGAGAGAGCGCGGGAGAUGGUCUGCGUCGUGCAGCUUCAGCAAGACUCUGUUCCUAAAUUCGGGAGCCGCACUCUGUGCGAGAACCUGAAGUCACCUCACAGAUUCACCACAACUCUGGGAAAUUAACAAUAGCCCAAGAAACGCCCUAUCCAGGCAAGGAGAUCGUGAAGCCUGGUGUUUGUGAUUUGCUGCAGCCGGCGUCCUUGGUGCGUUGGAAAUUCUGAGGAGAGCAAUCUCUAUAUGGAAAAUGAAGAAAAUCCGAGGAGAGCGCUGCUAUUUUCUUCUGCCUUCCAACAUAAAGAGGGUUUGUAUUUUGAAGGUUGCCUUACCAGGCCUGUUGGCAUACUUCUGAAGCAGCAGACGAAGUCAAGAAUCAGAGACUUAGAAGUUAUGAAGAGAAAAGCCUCAGAAAAGGAGAAUGGGAAACCGAUCAGGCUAUAAUUUCACAGGGGGCUUCACUUCUGUGCGGUCCAAUGUCACAACGCCAUUAAGUCACAGUAGCAAGAUGAAAAAAUGAGAAGGGAAGGAGGAAAAGUCCAGCGUGCACGGACGCAGAAAAUGGAUCUGCCCUGCUCCUGCCGCUGACGGAGCUGUUGGGGGCGCCUGGGUGCCCAGCCCGCCGGAGUCGCAGCGGGGUAGCCCCCUUCCCGCAGUCCGGGCGCGACCAGAGCGGCGCCGCGGCGGGGGGAUCGGGCGGGCGCGCCGAGGACUUCAAAGGCCCAGCGCCGCCGCCGCCGCCUCCCCCGCCCGCGCGCACGAAUAGUACGGUCCAAGGGGGCGGCUCCUGGGGCGCGGCUCCCGCGGCAGCUGAUGCGCGCCCCGCCGGCCCGGAGGCGGGAGCCAGAGACCCCGAGACCCGAGCCGCCCGGCGCUGCGGGCCGGGGCCCUGAGGAGGCCCCAGGAGAGGCAUCUUCCCGGCGGGAGUCGCCGGCGCGGGGGUGGCCGCGGCCGCACCGUUCGGGAAGGAGGACGAGGAGGAAGCGGCGCUGCCUGCGGGCGGAGAGGAAGCGCUCCACCCGGGCCCCCGACGGCGCUCGUUUAACCACAUCCGCGCCUCCGCUGGAAACGCUUACAGGCGCCUGUCACCCGUUCCCUCCAUUUUGAAAGGGAAAAAAGGCUCUCCCCCUUCCCUACUCUUAGGAGCUGGAGCCGGAGGAGCCGCGCUCAUGGCGUUCAGCCCUUGGCAGAUCCUGUCCCCAGUGCAGUGGGCGAAAUGGACCUGGUCCGCGGUGCGCGGCGGGGGCGCCGGAGAGGACGAGGCCGGAGGGCCAGAGGGCGACCCCGAGGAGGAGGACUCGCAAGCCGAGACCAAAUCCUUGAGUUUCAGCUCGGAUUCUGAAGGUAAUUUUGAGACCCCUGAAGCCGAAACACCAAUCAGAUCGCCUCUCAAGGAAUCCUGUGAUUCAUCCCUAGGAUUGGCAGGACAGGGGGCCAAAACCCAAGAAUCACAAGAAGCCGAUGAACAGCUGGUAGCGGAAGUGGUUGAACAGUGUUCAUCUGAGACUUGUCCUAGAACCUCAGGAAAUGAGGUAGCCCAGCAGGCUGUUGAUUCUUACGCGGUCAAGGAUUUCAAAGAAGAACCCGAACAUGAGAGUAGCAAAAUUUUAGUAGUGAGGCCAUUUUCAAUAGAAACCAAGAAUCCCCCGGAUAUCCCGGCAGCUCUAGGAACAAAGGCUGCUUAUGGCUCUGUAACUGUGGUCUCGGGUGAGGCUUUGCCCUCCAACACACCAGAAGCCACCCCGGACAAGGCAAUGACAGAAGGCACCAUGGGGGUUACACUGGAGGCCUCCACAGAAGCUGACCUCAAGGCUGGCAGCUCCUGUCCAGAGACUGUUCCCAGCAGAAGCAAACUAAGAAAACCCAAGCCCGUCUCUCUGAGGAAGAAGACCAUUGGCGAAUUCUUUGAAACUGAUACUGCCCUGGAGGGCACGCUUCUCCCCCAGGCGUCUUAUCAGUUCUGCCCUGAUGAGAUGGAUGGGAACACACAUCCUUUGCUAGGAGGUGCCAGGAUCCAGAAAUCUCCCCCUGAUAUUAAGGAAACAUCAAGCGCUCCCAGCAGUGACACCAACGAUUCAGGAGUUGAGCUGCUGGAGGAGUCGAGGAACUCACCUCUAAAACUAGAGUUUGAUUUCACAGAAGAUGUGGAAAAUGUAGAGUCCAGGAAAGGCCUUCCAAGGAAGCUUGGCAGGAAACUGGGUAGCAGGCUGCCUCCCAAGGUACAGAAAGAUAGCGUUAGUAAGCCGGUAGGCGCCAAAGGUGCGGACCAGCCUGUGGACCCCGCUGCAGACAGUUGUCCUCCGUCCCAGGCACCCGCGAAGCUGGAUCCCAGCCAGUGGGAUCACCACAACUUCAGUCCCUUUGGGGGCCACUCAACUCUGCAGAACUCCCCCCCUCUCUCCUCUAAGGGCUCCUACCACUUUGACGAAUCCAUGGAUCCCUUUAAACCAACUACGUUAGUGAGCAGUGACUUCUGUUCUCCCGCCGGUAAUCCUAUUAAUGAAAUCUUAGAAUCACCCAAGAAGGCAAAGUCGCGUUUAAUAACGAGUGGCUGUAAGGUGAAGAAAUAUGAAACACAGUCUCUUACUUUGGAUGGCUGUUCUCAGGAUGAAGGAGCAGUGAUCUCUCAGAUUUCAGACAUUUCUAAUAGGGAUGGCCACGCUACUGACGAGGAGAAAUUGGCAUCCACUUCAUCUGGUCAGAAAUCAGCUGGGGCCGAGGUGAAAGGUGAGCCAGAGGAAGACCUGGAGUACUUUGAAUGUUCCAAUGUUCCCGUGUCUACCAUAAAUCAUGAGUUUUCAUCCUCAGAAGCAGGCAUAGAGAAAGAGACGUGCCAGAAGAUGGAAAAAGAUGGAUCCGCCAUGACCGGACUGUUGGAGUCCUCUGUGGAGAAGGCCCCCGUGUCUGUGGCCUGUGGAGGGGAGAGCCCCCUGGAUGGCAUCUGCCUCAGUGAAUCAGAUAAGACAGCCGUGCUCACCCUCAUAAGAGAAGAGAUAAUCACUAAGGAAAUUGAAGCAAAUGAAUGGAAGAAAAAAUACGAAGAAACCCGACAAGAAGUCUUGGAGAUGAGGAAAAUUGUGGCUGAAUAUGAAAAGACCAUUGCCCAAAUGAUUGAAGAUGAACAGAGGACAAAUAUGACCUCUCAGAAAAGCUUCCAGCAACUGACCAUGGAGAAGGAGCAGGCCCUGGCCGACCUCAACUCUGUGGAAAGGUCCCUUUCUGAUCUCUUCAGGAGAUAUGAGAACCUGAAGGGUGUUCUGGAAGGGUUCAAGAAGAAUGAAGAAGCCUUGAAAAAAUGUGCUCAGGAUUACUUAGCCAGAGUUAAACAAGAGGAACAGCGUUACCAGGCUCUGAAGAUCCACGCAGAAGAAAAACUAGACAACUUGGACAACACACCAAAUUUUUGGUUUUCUGCAGAUCCAGUAGAUAAAGAGCCAAUGAAGAGAUUGCUCAGGUUCGAACAAAAGCAAAGGCCGAGAGCGCAGCUCUCCAUGCCGGACUCCGGAAGGAACAGAUGAAGGUGGAGUCCCUGGAAAGAGCCCUCCAGCAGAAGAACCAAGAAAUCGAGGAACUAACGAAAAUCUGCGACGAGCUGAUUGCGAAGCUGGGGAAGACUGACUGAGUUUCCCCGUUAGCUCAGCAGAUCUGCAUUUGGCUGCUUUUCUCUUAACCACAGUUAUCUUGCCUUAUCCAGGAAUAAUUGUCCCUUUGCAGAGUUAAAAAAAAAAAAAACAACUUUAGAAAAGCACAUGCCUACUGCUGCCUGUCCCGCUUUGCUGCCGACACAACAGCCCCGGAAGGAACCCUGGAGCACCGCAUAGUCCCGGGAGGAGCGGCGUCCGAGCGCUGUCCGCCGACAGGUUUGGUCAGGCUGCUAAGUUUGGGGUCAUGAUUUCUGUCUUUCGUCCGUUUUCUUUUCCGAGCACGUUGAAUUUGGGAUUUUGUGGCUCCUGUUUGGGUCAUCUGCUGUCCACCACCUGUCUGAAUUUUUUGGUGACUUAUUUAUCUCAUCUUUUAAAUUUAGUGUUCAACAUCAGUGGUUUUAUUGGAGGGAGGAAGUAAUCUGGCCUAUUGUUACUUCUAGUUUAUAAACAAGAAGGGACUCUGAGUACCCGUUUACACACACACACACACACACACACACACACACACACACACGUGUGUCUAUAUAUGUGCUGCUGUUUUGUUCUCUGAAGCAGAGUCAGAUAAGGGCUUCUCCACACAAGACCGUAUUUCCAUAAAUGUAAAACCCUGUUUUGAAAUAGAGUCGUGGCCCAGAAUGCCAGCCUCAGAAUUUGGGGCGUUGAAGGUGUGAAGACCCAGACUCAGGUUUUACGUCUGGGGGAGACAUUUUGCCACAGUGUUUCUUUGCCCUGACCGGGAUGGCCCCUUUGGGGUCCGUCCCCAGACUGCACGAAGGGCAGCGCUGGCAGGACUCCCUCCGAGCCGAGGUCUGGCAAGUCUGUCCCAGAGCCGUUCAGUCUCCUCUGCUUCUGUUUGUUGCUACAAAAUCAGCAUUGACCCUUCGUCAUCUUUCUAUUUCAAAUAUGCAAACAAAAUCUACUUGUAAAAGGCUUAGGCGAUCUCAUUGAGUUAAAAGGUAACUGUAAUCCUGCCAGCAAUUGCAAGGUGAAGAAACAGUUGGUUUUUUACGAGUGUGGUGCAUUGUUAUUUGAAUUUUUUUUUUUAAGGCAAAAAAAUCCUUUCAAACUUAGUAGAAUGUUUAACAAAACGGGCUAUAAAAAUCAUGUGAACCACUCCAAAAAUCAGCACAUUUUAAGUAUUGUUAAACAAAGAGCGUUUGGAUCCUGGAGGAGAGGAGUGCAGGGAGCAGAGCCACACUCACAAAGCCAAAUUCCUAAAGCUCUUCCUGGAUGUGGGUCAGAGUGAUGGGGCCAUUAACCCUGAGAUGGAAAUUUUCCAUGUAAUGCCAGUGAACUCCCUUCCAUUGGGUAGGCAGAACCAAAUCCAUGCAGUGUUUGAAAGCACUCUUUUGUCUUAAUCUUACACCCUGAAAGUCUUCAUGGUGAUAUGCACUAUAUUCAGUACCUGUAAGUUUUCGUACCUUUCUUGUAAAAACUCUUGCAUGAUCCAACUUCAGCAAUGAAUUGUGCCUAGUGGAGAACCUCUGUAGAUCUUUAAAAAUGCAUUUUUCUUUAGCAGUGUACUAUUCACAUGGGUGCAGUCUUUAGCCCCAGGGAGGUCCAUAAUGUCUUUUAAAGCUAGAAGUCACAUCUUACCAAUAUGCAUUUAUCGUAAUUGGUGCUUAGGCUGUAUUUUAAAGCCUACUGUCUUAAUAUUUUGUACAAAAAGGAACAACAGAAAUGAUCUGUGGUUGGAGAAGUGACUUGACAAUCAUUUGGGCUCUGAAAGCAGUCGCCGUGGUUCAGUGUGAGUGCGAUAACUAGUCACAGUAUCGAUGACGUGCAAGUGUCUCCAGCUGGUGGAACGGGUCUCUCUCAGUCCUCCACUACUAGGGAAGUUAACUUUGCAUUUUGCAGAAAGAAGCGUUGCUAAACCUUUUUGCUGCUGUGUUUUGGUGAGAUAUCCACGUUUAUUUGUUCUAUAUUGAUCUGUUUGAAGCAUGAAAGGCUUAUAGCUGUCUCCAUCCUAAAUCCACAGUCCUCCGUUUAGGCUUCUUAUGUAUAUAAAAAAAGUAGCUGUGUGUUAAAACCAAGGUGACGACAAUCCUUCCGUAGCACGCUGGUGGAAGAGACCCCCUAAAAAGACCCCAGUGAAUGAGGUUGCCGCACAAGGACCAUGAAAGGGCCCUGGUUAAGCAGUGUCCGCCGCUGGCUUCUCAGCCGUGGCCGGUACAAGGGAAUGUUCUUCCUCCUCACUUAAUAGAUGGAUGUUCUCCAACAAGAAUAAAAAUGUAGCUUGUUCAGGUGGCAAAUCAAGAGAAUAUCUUGGGCAGAAGUGUGUUUGUUUUUCUUUAAAAAUAAGCAAAAGAAAAAAAAAACUUUUCAGAGUUCUAAAGAGUAAGAAUAUAGCCUAGAGUUUUGUUUCAAAGCGUAUGAGGGUCAUGACUUGUUAGGUUGGCAGUAAUAAACCCCGUUAACAAGAGCGGGAAGGGGAGGUGAAAGGAAGCUGCUGUCCCAGCUGGGUGUGAGGGUAUUAGGUGAUCAGUCUUGUUGAGGCUCUGAACCCAGAGCUAUUUCUUAAGGUUUUGACUUUGCCAAAGUGUAGAUCGAUAGUCUUUACCUAAAAGAAUUUUAAUGGGAAGGUUUAGCGUGAGACAGACUGAACGGUUAGUCUGUCACUUGGUAGGCUGGUCAGUUACAGUCAGACCUCCUGAGGUUUACUUAAUUUGGAGAAGCUCCUGGAAGCCAGUGACCUGCCCAAACCUUUUGUUCUGUAAAACUGUUCUGGAAAUAUUGAGAAGCCCAGUUUUCUCACGUGGUUUCUGGCUUCUUCAGACCCAGCCCAAAUUAGGAAGUGCAGAAGCACAUGAUGGUGAAAAACUCUGAGGUUCUGGCAGCCUUCCAGAAUGAUAUGGAAUCUAAGGGGAGAUUUACGUUUCAUUUUGGAGGCUAGCUCAAGCUGAGCUUUCUUUCCAGCCAGUUACCCUUCCUUCUUAUCCCACGCUUUGUGCCACCCUCCCACAAACACUUAGAUAUUUAUGAGGCAGCCCUGACUGAGUGCCGUUUAUACACGGGCAGAAUCAGGUGCCCCGAACGCUCCUGGGCUGACUAAACAGCCAGGGUGACACACUCAUUUUCGAUCGAGGCAGGUAACAAGAGGGCCCAGCGGUGGCUCUACGGCUCAGAAUAGAAUUUCGAAGAGCAGGCCUUGGGAAGUCUGAUGUGCCGUGGUUGGAGAUGAUUCAGCACACCCUUUUUUGGUGUGUUAGAGCAGAAGCUCUAACGCUCCCUGUUUAUUUCCUUUGGUUCUUCACUACCAGCGGUAGCCGGCUCCAGAGUCGUACACAACCGUCGUCCCUCUGUAGUCCGUGACCGUGCGAGCUUGUUCUCGGAUGACGUGGGUUUCUUACUUUAUCCUCUUGUUGGCAAGAGAGAAACUAGGUGUUGAAAGAUUAAAUGAUUUAGGCAAAGGAUUUUAAAGUAAAGAUGUAUAUAUUCUAAAGAAUUUAAAAGAUAACAGAUUAUUAUUUGCUUAUAAAAGAAUAAAAUAUAGUCUGGGAAUCCCAGAAUGCCAAGCCAAAGGUCUAAGAAGUCAUCUUCAAAGAUUUUAAGGAAGCAGCAUUUUGAGGAGACUUCUGUCCAAAAAGGUUUGACUGGCCUCCAGAUUCCAGUGGCUUUAGGAAAGCAGUGGAUCACUCAAACCUCGAGUCUCCCACAGUAAAGGUAAAGGAACUGAUACUCUAGACACUUCUCUCUAAGGGUCUCCUCUGGAAGAUGAUGUCAAGGGCAGCAUUUCCAGGGAAGACCCACGCCCUCGUGCCCAGAGCCAGCGUUCUGGAGACUAAAGAUUGCACUUUUCGUAGUUCUUUGUCCAAAUGCGAUCCCAUUUCUGUGCCUCUUAGCAUGCAGUUAGAUUUGGACAAACAAGAUUCCUAAGGAAUGACCUUAUUAACUAUAAUAUGGUUACAGCUAUUACAUAUAUAUAUAUAUAUUCUGGUUAUAGUUCUAAUAUGGAGAUGUCACGUGUGACGCUGGCCUGUGGCAGCCCGAAUAACGCUUCCAGCUCAUUGGAGGAGGCCAGGCACAGAGCUGAGGUGUGGCUCGAACCUUCCCUGUGUCCCUUCUUCACUGUAGAUAUGUGAAGGUAUCACUUUGUCCCCCUCUGCCUUUCAGUGGUAUCUGAAAUAUACAUGAAGUGUGUCCUCGUCACGUGGUUAACCCGUGCUCUGUGGAUAAUUUCCACGUGAACACGUACAGAUUCGAACUCGGACACCAUGCCCAGUCCCGACGCAGGCCGCCUGCGGGUUACCGGCCCCACGCGCCGCCUCCACGCCGUCCUUGUCACCCAGGGGGACGGGAUCCAGGCAUUCCUUUCAGACCUCAGAGGUAGCAGCAAACCUUUGAGUGUUGCUGUUAGCAAGUGUGUGUUUGCCAGUAGAUGCCCAUGUGUGCUCACGUGCCAACAUCUGCUUCCGCUGCGUGCCCGCGGGCGCCGAGCCGCGUGUGAGGAGCCUCUCGUCUGGAGAAGCGAACGCUGCAUCGACUACUGCUAUCAGGAUUGUGUUGUGUGGAAUAAUCAUCUACAUAAAUUUUAUAUGCACAGUACUUUCCCUUUUAUAUGUCAGGUAAAUAUUUGUAAAAGUUAUACUCACACAAAUGAAAUUAUUAUAAUGAUUACUAAUAUAUUUUUUCCAUGUUUCAUUGCCUGAAUAAAAACUGUUUACCACUGUUG